AUGCCUACCGCCAUAGUAGCCUGCUCUGACAUUAAGCAUAAUGUCACUUCUUUCUCCUCAAAGCCCUCUAAUCAAUGCAAACACUAUGAUAUCAGUAACUUCACCCAUCCACAGGUGAUAUCCCCCGCCAAGUCUGCUGUGGCUGCCAGCCUGAGUGCCAAACAAUUUAUCAAAACAUCCCUGCCUGUGGCCAUGCCAGUAGAAGAGGAGGUACAAGAACCUACCAGUGAGAACAACACAGCACCUGCCAGUGAAGAUGAUCAUGAUGAACUUCCUACUACUGUGACUCGGACUACCCUUGCCUUAGACUCGGAUAUUCCUUUGUGUGAUGACGUGGAUGAUGACGAUGUUCAGCAGUUCUACAGCGCUGAACACUUUACCCCCAGUAUGUUCAAUGAAAGUCGAAGUUGUAUGGGAGGCAUGGAAUUAUUUAACUGGACCGACUCCAGCAAAAAGCCGCAUGGAAUUUCUGGGCAUGGGACUGCGAGAAUUCGAUUUAUUAGAACACGCGGUGAGGGAAACGGGCCGAGUAACAUCAAAGCCCAGGUCGAGUCUAUCACACUAAUCUAUUUUGCGCUAACUUACAACUAUAACAAACAUCUCCUCAUCAUCGAUAUGCCCACUGUUCUACAUGAAGCAUUCUAUGACGACUUAAAGAAAUCAUUCACGCUUGCAAUAGAGAAUCUUCCCUACAAUCGCAGGGCAAUAUACCCGCAGAUUCACAUGAACUACCCACUUCAUAUCACAGACAAGUCAGUAACGCCUGAUAUGACGAUCUCGUUGACCGCAACCCAGGGACCCACGGAAGUUGAGCUUAUUCCAUUCAUAGGAGAGACUGCUGUGUCGGAGGAUUGGGAUCACGUAUUUGAAAAAGUGGAGUCCAUGAUCGCAGUACAUCCAGAGGCGGUCUUAGUGUCGAUCGUCCUCGUAUGCGAAGUCAAACCUUACGACUCGCCUGCGGACAAUUCUACCGCAUCAAACACGUUGCAUAACCGUAAGGACAGCGAUCUAUGCAAAAACCCUGAACCUCUCUCUCUCAAGGAGUUCAUCAACAAGUGUUCUAUGCCACGUAACUUCGAGGAGCCUGUCAUGAUUGCUGAUCAUACAUGGUGCCAUGUUAGAUCGGUUGAAUACUUCCUGUGGUUGAAAGGAGAGAAAGACGAACCUAUCGACAUGCAUAGCGGCAAGGCGGAGCACAGGGCCCAUGGGAUCCUGGUACCUGAAUUAUACAUGGAUGGAGUGACGGAGAUCCUCAACCGAGCCAUGAUAAAAAUGAGAGACCUCUUCCUCACCUUUCAGAAGGACAUCAAACACGCAUCUACUAUCGACAAUUCUGUUCUCCAAAACUUCGUCAUUCCACCGUUUCCCAUUGACUGGGAGCUUGUUGCAUUUAGGACUAUCACACCUGCGCUACAUCAACUGGCACCUGUACGUUUCAGAGGCGCGAAACGCCAGCGUGACUCAUCAUACGAGCCUUCGUCGGAAUCGGAGCAAGAUCAUGACAACACCAAGCGUUCCAGCGCCUCAAAGCCUCCUUCAUAUCAUGUCUUUCAAACCGUCAUGAUAGAUUCCAUCCUGUCUGGUUCUAAUCUCCCGGCGGUUGCUAGUAGUAGCAAGUCCAGCUCCAGUAAGCCCAAGAAAAAUUCCAUCACUGGCAAGUCCAAAUCCUCAAAGGGUGACAAAAAGCCCAGAGCUGGUCACAGUCACGGUAGCAAAGGUUUGAACAAGCAUUGA